CGCCUCGUCCUCCCUUUCUCUCAGCAUCCUCCGGUGAUCCUGGAGGUGAUACAGGCGCAGCAGCAUCCAUGGCCUGCCCUUAGCCUCACCACUUGCUUCUGGGGCUUUUUUUCCUGUUUUUUUGGUUUUUUUCCUUCUAAUUCUGGCACGAAGUGAGCCAAGCAUCGCAGGCAUUCGAUUUGAGGGCUCGUGUUGAGGAGCUGGGAACCAGGAUCAUAUUCUCCAGUAUUUUUUCUUUUUUUUUUUAAUUUAUUUUUAUUUUUUUAAAUUUUUUUCAGGCUCCUUGGAAAUUGAGGAAUGCAAGUCUGCCACCAUGAUGGAAGGAUUGAAAAAACGUACAAGGAAGGCCUUUGGUAUACGCAAGAAAGAAAAGGAUACUGAUUCCACGGGGUCCCCGGACAGGGAUGGCAUCAAGAAGACGAACGGAGCCCCGAAUGGAUUUUAUGCGGAGAUCGACUGGGACAGAUACAAUUCACCUGAGCUCGAUGAGGAAGGAUACAGCAUCCGACCCGAGGAACCAGGCUCUACCAAAGGAAAGCACUUCUACUCCUCCAGCGAAUCGGAAGAGGAAGAGGAGGCACACAAGAAGUUCAACAUCAAGAUCAAGCCUUUGCAGGCUAAAGACAUCCUGAAGAGCGCGGCGACGGUGGACGAGCUGAAGGCGUCCAUAGGCAACAUUGCACUUUCUCCAUCCCCCGUGAGGAAAAGUCCGCGGCGCAGCCCGGGGACGAUUAAAAGGAAUUUAUCCAGUGAGGAGAUCGCACGGCCCCGGCGCUCCACGCCAACGCCAGACCCUGCCAGCAAGAAGACCGGGGAGGACCCCGCCGCGCUGGCGCCGCUCUUCGGGCCCCCGCUGGAGUCAGCAUUUGAGGAGCAGAAGUUGGACGCUGCUCUAGAUCAGCCUGAGAUAUGGGGUUCAGUCCAGCCCGUCAACGCCAGCGUAGAGUCCCCAAAGCUACCGAGACCUUUUCCAACUGGAACCCCUCCGCCGCUCCCACCGAAGAACAUCCCGGCCACGCCGCCGCGCACCGGCUCCCCUCUGACGGUGGCAAUAGGAGGGGACCAGCCAGCAGCAGAGCCCAAACGGGACAAACUUCCGUCCAUCAAUGACGUGGACAGCAUUUUUGGCCCCGUGCUCUCCCCCAAGUCUACUGCUGCUAACGCAGAAGUUAAAUGGGUCAAUUUUUCCGAUCAAUCCCCGGAAAACGCCACUCCGGAGUUGCCAGCCCGGGAAAAAACGGGGUCUCCACCGGUGGCAGCGGGCAACCCGGCCGACUUGCCAGCCCGGGAAAAAACGGGGUCUCCACCGGUGGCAGCGGGCAACCCGGCCGACGCGGCGCCGGCCGAGCCCUCCCGCCCGCUCCCCUCGCCGCUCCACCUGGAAGAGGUUCCCAAGAAGGUUUCUGAGCCGUCCCACCUUAAGGAUGAUAAUGCGGAGCCGGUCGCCUCUCCCAAAGAUUUUGGGCUGGGACAAAGAGCCACCCCGCCGCCCCCUCCGCCACCCACCUACCGCACGGUGGUCUCCUCACCCGGACCGGGGGCCAGCAGCGGCACGGGAAGCACCAGCGGUUCCUCCUCCCCAGCUCGUCCCGGCACGCCGCUGGCCGCAUGUGGCACCCCACCACCACCACCCCCCCGGCCACCCUCCCGGCCCAAGCUGCCCCCCGGCAAGCCCACCGUCGCCGACGUGUCCAGGCCUUUUAGCCCUCCUAUUCACUCAUCCAGCCCUCCUCCGAUAGCACCUUUAGCCCGUGCUGAAAGUACUUCUUCCAUAUCUUCCACCAAUUCCCUGAGUGCAGCCACCACUCCCACCGUUGAGAAUGAACAGCCUUCCCUCGUUUGGUUUGACAGAGGAAAGUUUUAUUUGACUUUCGAAGGCUCGUCGCGGGGACCCAGCCCCCUCACCAUGGGGGCCCAGGACACCCUGCCCGUCGCCGCCGCCUUCACGGAGACCGUCAACGCGUACUUCAAAGGGGCCGACCCCAACAAGUGUAUCGUGAAGAUCACGGGGGAGAUGGUGCUGUCGUUCCCUGCGGGCAUCACCCGACACUUUGCCAACAACCCAGCUCCGGCGGUGCUCACCUUCCGCGUGCUGAACUACAACAGGCUGGAGCACGUCCUGCCAAACCCCCAGCUCCUCUGCUGUGACAACACGCAGAGUGACACCAGCACGAAGGAGUUUUGGGUCAACAUGCCAAAUCUGAUGACUCACCUAAAGAAGGUAUCGGAACAGAAACCGCAAGCCACCUAUUACAAUGUGGAUAUGCUCAAAUACCAGGUAUCUGCCCAGGGUAUUCAGUCUACUCCAUUAAACCUUGCAGUGAGCUGGCGGUGUGACCCUGCAAGCACUGACCUCCGCAUUGACUACAAAUACAAUACAGAGGCAAUGACCACACCGGUCGCUCUAAACAACGUCCAGUUCCUCGUCCCCGUCGACGGAGGAGUAACCAAACUCCAAGCUGUGCUUCCUCCCGCUGUCUGGAAUGCCGAGCAGCAAAGGAUAUUGUGGAAGAUCCCUGAUAUCUCUCAGAAGUCAGAAAACGGAGGUGUGGGCUCUCUGCUGGCCCGAUUCCAGCUCUCGGAGGGGCCGAGCACCCCGGCCCCCCUGGCCGUCCAGUUCACCAGCGAAGGGAGCACGCUCUCCAGCUGCGACAUCGAGCUCGUCGGCGCCGGCUACCGCUUCUCCCUCAUCAAGAAGAGGUUUGCAGCAGGUAAAUACUUGGCCGAUAACUGAUGGAAGCUUAUGCAAGUCUAUGGAAAAUAAUAUGGAAAAUACCCAAGGACUGCUGUGCGUGGAACGGGUUUUAAUUGCAGUUUAAGGAAAAUGAACUAAAUCCUGCACUCGGGACAUUUCUGUUGGAAGUGUUGACAAACUUUCAGCAAAUUUUUUUCCUUGGAAAACACCGUCUUGACCAGUCCUACAGUAUUUACUUCUAGAUGUAACAUUGUUAAUGGUUUUAAAAUGUAAUUAUUGUAUUUGUAAAUUGUACUCAUUCCAGUAAGGCUGUAUUUUGGCAGUUAGACACUUGAGUUUUAGCAUUUUACCAUUCAUGAAAUGGAUGUAAUUUAAACUGUGGUAUAUAAAUCUAAUAGUAGUACUGUUGAAUGGCACAAUGCUUACAGAGGUAGAUUACAUUUUGUCAAUAUAUACGAUUUAAAUACAAUACUGAUAGCUGUUA